GUACUGAUUAAGAUGAAUGGGAUUUGGAAAAAUUCUAUGUCCUGUCUAAGAAUUGGAAAGAUGCCACAAAGAUGCCAAAGUGGUUGUCACCCCAUGGCCCCUCUGGGAUCAAGAAUUUUAACUGACCCAGCCAAAGUUUUUGAGCACAACAUGUGGGAUCACAUGCAAUGGUCAAAAGAAGAAGAAGCAGCAGCUAGGAAAAAAGUAGAGGAAAACUCAGCCGUGCGAAUCCUUCUGGAAGAGCAAGUUAAGUAUGAGAGUGAAGCUAGGAAAUAUUGGGACACAUUUUAUAAGAUUCAUAAGAAUAAAUUUUUCAAGGAUCGUAAUUGGCUGUUGAGAGAAUUUCCUGAAAUUCUUCCAGUUGAUCAAAAAAACGAAGAGAAGGCAACAGAAUUAUCAUGGGAUCAUGCAAAAACUAACCCUGCAAAUUGUUUUUCAAGAAUGCACUGCCAUGCUAUGCCUGAAGAAAAAAGUCAUUGUAAGAAAAGUUCUGGCUUGUCAGAUAGUCAAAGCAAAGCAGGAUCCAAUUUUUCCAACCUAGACUCUGAAAAACACAGAAAAGGACCUCUGAAGACUGAGCUAUUUCCUGGUAGCAACGCCACUUUCAGAAUCCUAGAGGUUGGCUGUGGUGCUGGAAAUAGUGUUUUUCCAAUUCUGAACACUUUGCAGAAUGCUCCAGAGUCCUUUCUUUAUUGUUGUGAUUUUGCUUCUGGAGCUGUGGAGCUGGUAAAGUCGCACUCAUCCUACAGAGCAGCCCAGUGUUGUGCCUUUGUUCAUGAUGUUUGUGAUGAUGGCUCACCCUACCCUUUUCCAGAUGGGAUCCUAGAUGUCAUUCUUCUUGUCUUUGUGCUCUCCUCUAUUCAUCCUGACAGGAUGCAAGGUGUUGUAAACCGACUGUUCAAGUUACUGAAACCUGGGGGAAUGCUAUUAUUUCGGGACUAUGGAAGAUAUGACAAGACUCAGCUUCGUUUUAAAAGGGGGCAUUGUUUAUCCGAAAAUUUUUAUGUUCGAGGAGAUGGUACCAGAGCAUAUUUCUUUUCAGAAGGGGAAGUCCACAACAUGUUCUGCAAGGCUGGGUUAGACGAGAAGCAAAAUCUGGUUGAUCGUCGCUUACAAGUUAAUAGGAAAAAACAAGUGAUAAUGCAUCGAGUGUGGGUUCAAGGCAAAUUCCAAAAACCAUUACAGUUGACUCAGAAAAGCUCCAAAUUGGUAUUUUCACUUUUUUCUCAUAGCUGAACUAUUUGCCACGUUAAGGUACAAACCAGAGGACCACACUAUUCAAAGACUUCUGUAAGUCUUUCAUUUUUGAAAAGACAAUCAGAAGAAGAGAAUUUAUAAAUUCUGUUUUUUAUUAUAGGUGAACCCUUUUGUGUAUUUUAAGCAUAUGUAAAUGAUAUGGAAGAGUGCACCAUAUUCACUGUUUUCAAAACUUAAUAUGAUCAAGUUUGUUUUGGUUUAUUAUGUCUAACCAUUUUGUUUGUUCUUUGAGUUUUUUAAGCAUUCAAUUAAAUUACUGAUAUAAGUCAGAUGAUUCUGAGGAACCAUAAUCUGCCUGCCAUUUUUUGGAAGUGGAAAAAAUCAUCUACACUAUUCAUUUAUUAGUCAAAAACAAUUUAACUCUCCUCCAUUAUUAUCUGUUAGAGAAGCAUCUUGCCUUGUUUCUAGGGAAAAUCAUAAGCCCAAGAUGAAGGUGUGUUGUUUUUGUUUUAUUGUCUGUUUUCCAAAAAUUUUUUAUUUUAAUUCAGAAACUGGUGUUUGAAAUAGGAUUUUAGUUUCUCUUUCCUUUUCUAAAAUUGGGGAAGUAUGACCCAUGCUAACAUUAUUUUCAGACUAUUAGGUGUACAAGUUGUUGUAAGUUCUCUUUAAGACAACUGUUAUACCCAAGAAAAUUCUUAAAUUGUAGCAAUUAAAAAUUUAUUUACAACCUUGCCUCAAAAAGGAUAUAAGUUGGCUUGCAAAUAGUACGUUAUAAGAAUGGAGUUUCUAAGAUUGGUCUUUCAUUUGUUACACAACAUUUAUUGGGUACUUACAUUGGGCUGACUUAUAUGGAAUAAUAAAAUAAAUAAAGACCCAGCCCUGUC